AUGUCAAUAAAGUUUAGGAAAAAUGGGAUGAGUGGUGUAAUAAGAAAUGUGAAAUAUGUAUAUGAUAACAAGCGAGAAAUUAACACAACCAAAUUGUAUAAUCAUAAAAAAGAUAAAAUAGUUAUUCUAGGUUCUGGAUGGGGUGGAAUUCAUUUUUUAUUAAACAUUGAUUUUAGAAAAUACGAUAUAACAUUAAUCUCCCCAAGAAAUUAUUUUACUUUUACUCCUUUGUUACCAUGCCUAUGUAGUGGAACAUUAAGUACCAAUGCUUGCACAGAAAAAGUUUCUAAAUUUUUAAAAAAAAAUGGAUUAUCAGGUAGCUAUCUGCAGUUGGAAUGUACAGAUAUAGAACCUACAGAAAAAUUCAUUACAUGUAAGGACAAUAAUAAUAAAGAAGUAAAAAUUGAGUACGAUUAUUUAAUAAUAUCAGUAGGAGCUAAAACAAACUCGUUUAAUAUUAAAGGGGUAGAUAAAUAUGCCUUUUUUGUAAAAGAUAUUCAAGGUGUAUUACAAAUUCGGGAAAAAUUUUUAAAAAUAUUAGAAACAUGCUCCAUGUCAAACUUUUCAGAUGAGGAGAUAAGAAAAUUACUUCAUGUUGUGGUAGUAGGCGGUGGUCCUACGGGAGUUGAGGUGGCAGGUGAGUUUGCAGAUUUUAUUCAUAAGGAUGUUAAAAAGAAAUAUAAAAAUAUUUACCCAUUUAUAUCUGUUAGCAUAGUCGAAGGGGGGAAUAAUUUACUUCCUACUUUUACACAAAAUAUAUCUGACUUUACAAAAAAAACAUUUCAGAAUUUAAAUAUAAAUGUACAGACAAAUUAUUACGUAAGAGAGGUUGAUGAGAAUAAUAUAUAUAUCCAAUCUAGUGUUAACAAAAACGAGAAAGGAAAAAAGGUACCUUAUGGUAUGCUUAUUUGGGCGAGUGGACUUGCACAAACUUCGCUUAUUAUGAAUUUUUUAAAAAAAAUACCUGAACAAGUUAAUAACAAAAUUUUAAAUGUUAAUGCACAGCUAGCCGUUAUAGGAAUUAAGGAAAACAACAUAUAUGCCAUUGGAGAUUGUAAAAAAAUACAACCAUUGAAACUAGAAGAACAUGUAAAAGAUGUGAUAAAUACUUUUUCGAAUUCUCCAACGAACUUUACAUCUGAUUUGCUCAAGUCCAAGGCAGAUGAAUUAUCAAAAAAAUUCCCACAAGUAAGCACAUCUAAGUGGGACUACAACAAAAAUAAAAAAGUACAAAUGGAUAUACAACAGUUCUGUGAAUAUCUAAAACAGAUAGAUGAAAAUUACAAAUCUCCAGCUCCAACUGCACAAAAUGCAAAACAGGAAGCAUAUUAUUUAUCAAAUCUUUUUAACACACAUUUGAAAAAUAAUACACAAGCACACCAAAUCCCAUCUUUCAUUGAAAAAUGGAAGGGAUCCAUUGCUUAUAUAGGAAAUCAUCAAGUAGUGGCUCAUCUACCGUUUUAUGAAAUUUGUGGAGGAUACUUUUCCUUCACCUUUUGGAAAAUUGUGUACAUACAAUUGUUGCUGACUUGGAAAUCUAGAUUAUUCUUCCUUCUUGACAUACUUAGGACAAAAAUUUGUGGAAGACCCUUCUCCAAGUGA